ACCUACAAAUUUUUGUUUACUGUUUACUGUCUUGUCAAAUAGAUGAUUAUUUUUAGAUGAAAUCACAUAAUAACGUAGGAAUUUCAUUUUAAAUCCCAUAUUUCCAACUCAGUUUACAUUAAUGAUCAGAAGAAUGAUGCCCACACACAAUUGCGAGGUUUUAAGGAAGAAAUUUCGAGGUUGUCUUUUAGGCUCGUUACUCGGAGAUUGUCUCGGGGCCCCAUUCGAAGGUGAUUUCAUCUCAGCUGGCGAAAAAAUUGUGAUAAAGAAUUACUUCGAUAAGCUGGAAACACCUGAUUUCAAAGGCCCUAUCAAACAGUACACUGAUGACACAGCUAUGACAAGAUGUGUUGCAAAAGCAUUGAUUGAUAAGCCAGAACCAGACUUCACGUUAAUGGCAAAACUCUUCGUUAAGGAAUAUUUCCUGGAACCAAAACGUGGUUACGGUCAGAAUGUCAUCACGGUGUUCAAAAAGUUGAAACAAAGUAGAUUUCAAGACAUUUUUAAGCCAGCAAGUGAACAGUUCAAUGGUUCUGGCUCCCUUGGGAAUGGAGGAGCGAUGAGGAUUGCCCCCUUAGCCUUAUAUUUUUUCGACAAAGAUGAUUUGUUGGUGGACGCAGCGACUAAGGCCACAAAAAUAACACACACUCAUCCCUUGGGAGUGAAUGGAGCGCUGUUACAAUGUAUGGCCAUUCAGCAAUGUUUCAUGACGAAACAUGGGGACAAAAUUGAUGUACAUAAAUUUGUUGAGGAGCUUUUGCAUAAAAUGAAACCGUUCGAAUAUGAGGAGGACGAAGAUUUUGAAGAAAUUUUGGAGAAACCGUACCGGGAGAAGCUGUUGUUGAUUCAGAACUUGUUACACAGAACAUAUGAAAAUGAUGAACUUUAUGAUGAAGUUCUUGAGACAUUGGGGAACAACAUUUCAGCGCUAGAAUCUGUACCUACCGCUAUCUAUUGUUUUUUGAAAGCAUGUGCAGAAACUCCUGAAAUGAAGGAUAUCUUCAGAAAUGCUGUGGAAUAUGCCAUAACACUAGGUGGUGAUACCGACACGAUAGCAAGUAUGACAGGAGCAAUAGCUGGCGCAUAUGUUGGCGAAGAACAUCUGAACAAAAACGUAAUCGAGAACUGCGAAAAACAUAAGGAAACUAUUGAGAUGGCCGACAAUCUUCUAGCAGCCAGACAAGAGGAAACUGCAGAGAUGAAAAAUUCGUAACGAUGCCAAAAUGUGAAUAUUAUACCUAUAAUUUUCAAUUAUAAUUGUGUAUUGUGCUGAUUGGUUCAUUAUUUUUAAUAUACUGUUAUUGUUGA